GAGUCCUCCCAUCUCACGAUUUGUCCUGACUUGACGAUCUCUGCUGCCUCUCUGAUCGACGACAAUGUCUGACCAACAGGAAGUUGUGGUUGUCGCCGUUCCGGCAGUCGAGUUGCAGCCGGUGGCCGAGGGCGCCGGAUUGGCCACGAUCGAGGAAGGCAACACGGACGUCGACGACGACGGGUUGCCUAGGAGAACCGGAACUGUGUGGACGGCUUCGGCGCACAUCAUAACGGCGGUGAUCGGUUCUGGGGUGCUGUCACUUGCAUGGGCCAUAGCUCAGCUGGGAUGGGUGGCCGGAAUUCUGGCGCUCACGUCGUUCUCGGUCAUCACUCUCUACACUUCCACCCUCCUUGCUGACUGUUACCGAUGUCCGGAAACUGGCAAGAGAAGCUACACUUACAUGGACGCCGUGAGAAACAACUUGGGAGGGAUAAAAGUCAUAAUAUGUGGGUGCACCCAAUAUGCCAACUUAAUUGGGACGUCAAUUGGUUACACCAUUGCAACGGCGAUAAGCAUGAAAGCUGUGAAGAGGUCCCAUUGCUUCCACAAAAAUGGCCAUGAUGUUGAUUGCCAGUCUUCUAGCAACCUCUUCAUGAUAUAUUUUGGUGUUAUGGAAAUCUUCAUAUCACAGAUUCCCAACUUCCAUAAGAUAUGGUGGCUCUCUUAUGUAGCUGCGGGCAUGUCCUUCUCAUACUCUUUCAUAGGCUUGGGUCUUUCUAUUGCUAAAACUGUAGGAGGUGAACCUAGCAGGACAAGCCUGACUGGAGUGGAGGUUGGCAUUGAUGUCACAGCAGAUGAAAAGAUAUGGGGAUGUUUCCGAGCGCUUGGAAACAUGGCAUUUGCCUAUUCUUACGCCAUGGUCCUCAUCGAGAUUCAAGAUACAUUGAGGUCGGAUCCUCCAGAAAAUAAAGUGAUGAAGAAAGCUACCAAAUUUGGUGUUGCGUCUACCUCAAUUUUUUACCUGUCAUGUGGUUGUGUUGGCUACAGAGCAUUUGGAAAUAGUGCACCGGGCAAUUUUCUCACUGGUUUUGGCUUCUAUGAGCCAUUUUGGUUGAUUGACAUUGCAAAUAUAUGCAUUAUUAUCCAUUUGGUUGGUGCUUACCAGGUAUUUACGCAACCCGUGUUCUCCUUCGUCGAAAAAUCAGCAGCUAAAAGGUGGCCAUUGCACAGCUUCAUCAAUAAGGAAAUCAGUGCUUAUAUUCCGGGAUGUGGGCAAUACUGCACCAACCGUUUUCGUCUUCUAUUCAGGACCAUUUACGUGAUAAUCACAACAGUGGUAGCCAUGAUCGUCCCUUUCUUCAACGACGUUUUGGCUCUUCUCGGUGCCAUUGCCUUCUGGCCGCUGACGGUUUACUUCCCGACCGAGAUGUACAUGGCACGCAACAAAGUGCCGGCCUUCUCCCGCCGGUGGCUUUCGUUUCAAGUGCUCAGUGCCGGUUGUCUUGUUGUAUCCGUAGCUGCUGCUGCUGGUUCCAUUCAAGGAAUUAUCACCGACCUAAAGAUAUAUAAACCAUUCCAUUCUUCUGGUUACGAAUGAAGCACAAAGUGCGAUAUUUUUGUCAUUUUAGCCAUGUACAAGCUUGCAGAGUAAUUGAAUUUUUUGUUUCUUCUA